CAUCUGUCAUCCAUCAGCUUUUCGUGCAAAAUCUGUAUCCUAUUUUGCAUUCCUCAGUAAUUAAAGGCGUUUCAUUUGAUCUGUCCAGAGACGAUUGUUGGGCUUUGUGCUGUAAAACCAAAAGCGAAAGCUAAACUGCUCUCUUGCGGCAGAAAUCAGAAUCAAAGGAAGUUAUACCAGACAUUUCAUCCCGAGAAACACGAAAAAUCCCCAGACCAUGUCCUUAAAGGAUGACCUCACAACCGAGACCUCCGACCAAGUUCGGGGUAAGAUCAUUCACGUCCUCUGGAACCGUAAAUCAACGGUGAACCUGCAACAAAAUGAGCUGGACUGGGAUGCGUAUUUCGCCUAUUACGCAAGAGAAUGCAGGCAGGCUUUACUGAUUUCCCAGGGUCGGUACAUCUCGGCAAGGACACAUGAGGAUAUUACCUCGACUGCCAGACUGAUCGAAGAGCUGAACACCAAAGACGCUAUUAAGACUGUUCUUCGUGCAAAAUUAACGAAGGUGUGGCCUAAGGAGCAAGAGGACGAAAUGCUGGAAGGAUCGAUAAGACUCGCCGCUCGCCUCCUUGUGAUGUUGGAUAUCGGGCCAUUUCCGAAGGCAUUUUCGGGACGACCGUUCCUAGUUUGGGAUGAGAAAUCCCUCAAAGAUUGUGCACAGGGCUACUUUAACGCCUCUUCGUUGCGAGAUCACGGGGAUCUCAAGCUUGAGCCGCUGUUUACGGCGCGAAAUCUCUGCCGUAUUGGAGGAAUUGAGAUUGCGUGGACAGAUAAUCUAGCAGAUCACCUGCAUUUCAUCGAAGGCGAUCGAAAAGUCCGUAUCUUUCACCAUGCGUCUUUUCUCAAAUGGCAACAAAGUCAAAUACUGCCUAAAGGCCUUGCUGAGGAAACACUCAAUACCCUUGCCCUUCUCUUCCCACAGUCUGAAGUCGAGACAGAGAAGUGGUUUGAGUCAAUGGUCCGUUCAAACUCGGACUCCAUUCACCUUGAUCGCCAGCUCGUCAGAUGCGGCCAACUAAGGACGGAAAGACGACAGUUUGCGGAUUUUAAUUUCUGGCACGAUAGGUUGGUGAUUCUGAAACAGGUCUUCGAUAAAUCUCGUCCUGCAACGAUGUCGCAAUGGUGGCAUGAUAGAAGGAACGGGGUCCAAUGGUACACAUUCUGGGUUGCAAUAUUAGUGUUGUUCUUGACGAUCUUCUUCGGCUUAAUUCAGAGCAUCGAGGGUGCUAUGCAGACAAGGACACCCACCUCUCGACCCUAG